GACGACUUGAAAUAAACACCCCAGUCAGUGACAAGAUGUCGACGGAUACUCAUAGCGGGACAGACACUCUGUUUUACUUUCUCGGCACAAUGUAUGACGUUAUUCAGGCUUUAGUGGUCUUCUUGCUCUAUGCAAUAGCCAUAGUUACGGUGAUCAAUGCCAUUCGACAGCGAUGCAAGAAUCGUUUGCUAAUAAUCGUGUGUAUGGUGGUAGGCACAUCGUUACAAACGGUGUAUUUGGUAGCGCCCUAUCGUACCGGAUUUAUGGAUGUCAGACAACACUACAGCUAUCUUGCAGGUAAUGUUUCCGAUUCGUUGACAGGAAGUCGUAGCGACAGCGGUAGCGCCAACGAUUUCAGAUUUAACAAACAUACGGCUUACACAAAAGCCAUGUCAACCAACUUGCAUGGAGAUGUGCUGGUGUACCGGAAACAAAACGAGGAAAUUACAGCGGGAGGAUAUUCAAACCGGAAAAAUGCUAAAAUUCUGCAGGGGAACAAAGUACCAAAUACUACAACAGUAACGGUCAAAUCAUCGAACAAUGAUCAGAGCUUCCCUGACUUCAGAUGUGCUGAUCUCAGGUUGAUGGCGCUAGUUCAUUACGGUGUGAUAUGCAUGUCGCUGUUGUUAGCGUCCGUGAGACAGAAUGUGUCGUGGAAGCGUCAGACUACCGUCAAAUGUGGUGUAUUGUUAUAUGUUGUACUCUUGAUAGGCACUAUUGCCCUUUUGUACGCAUUAAAAACAUCGGUCAAUCACGAAAUAUUCUCAUUCAAAACAGCCUCGGAUAGUUUCCAGUUAGUUGUUUGCUCACAGGAUGCAAGAAGUCAGUUCCUGCCCAUAUUCCUGGAGACAGUUUGUCUGUUCGGACCGUCUAUUGGAAUGUUAUUGGUGGCUUUUUACAAGAAAACAGGAGGAACAACAGACAGACGAUUCAUUGUCUUUAAAGAAUGUCGAGCCGCACACGAAGUAGAGUGUACAGCAUGCCGUGGACUGGAUGAUGUCCUCGAGAACGUUCUAAUGUGUUCCGUGUUCGUUUUGCUCGGUGUGCGUCCGUUUCACUACAUAUUCACUUUUGUAAAACACACCCAGUUCUACGACAUCUGGGUAAUCGCAUGUGUUUUCGUAUUCUGUGCUUCCAUCUCUGUGACCAAUGUUUGGAAUAUAAUUUCUCAUAAAUUGGACUGCAAGGACAGCAUCCCUAUCGAGGCGGAAAAAUCUCCAGGAGAAAAGAAAAACAUUGCUGAUUUGGUGUGAGACGUUUCUGAAAUCUCUGUGCAUUUUUGUGAAAUUGACAUACCAUGAAAUGGAAAUACAUUAUUUUUCGCAAUUUAUGAUUAAAUCAUGAAAACCGAUGUUGGGAUUUACUGUGAAUUUAUCAAUAUUAUGUUUUCAUUUUCUUCUUUUCGACUUUUUUUGUAUGUCCCCUACCCUGAAAAAAUGCAAUGCUGGAAUUGUUAAAUGCUAGCUGUGAGCACAGAAAUGACAGCACCGGCUGUAUGCUCCCCAGGAAGUUUGAAAAGACAUUGGCUUGUUGCACCGAUCCAAUAACCACGAAUACUACUUUGUGAACCGCUUUGAGACGAUAUAGAUUGUGAUAAAGCGGUAUAUAAGAACACCAUCAUAAUUAUUAUUAAUUAUCACGGAAAGAGGAGUUGGUUUUGGCCCAAAUCCGAAUGGGACUGCUUAUGCACACGUGUUAAAUAGUGGAGAUCACCUUAUUACCUUAUUGUUUCGCUUGUGAUUAAUAUAAUCUUCCCCUACCUUGAGGGUGCGAUUGAGAUUUCUCUGUCACACCCUCAAGGUAGGGGAUGAUU